GUGUGUGUGUGUGCGAGAGGGAGAGGGAGUGAAUGUGUGGCUUAGUGGAGCAUGCCGAGAGCUUGGACAGUCGGGUUGAAUGUGUUUAAUAUCGUAGCCGCUCCCCUCCUGGGCUCCGCUUUAACGGGGAAUUAUUGUGUGGAUGUGUUGUGGAUACUACCUGCUGGACUCGUUCAAACCUCUUGCUUCUAAGACUCAGUGACGUGUCUUAGCUUAGAAGUCGGUGGAAGCCGGGGUCUUCAUCAGGUUGAUGGGAUGAGGGGGCUCGGGGGCCUUGCUGUUGGGCUCCUGUCGGCGUUCUUAUCUACUGCCUUUGCUGUUCAUAUUCCUCCUGAGGUGGAGCAGCUGCCAACAAUCACAGUCCACCCUCCAAAAGCCCUCGUUGCCCUGCCAUUUGAUGAAAGUAUCGCUCUGACCUGUGAAGCCAAAGGCAACCCAAAACCAGUGUUCCACUGGACUAAGAAUGGACAAGACUUUAACCCCCAUAAGGACCCCAAGCUGAUAAAAUAUGAGAACAAUGGGAGUUUUCUGAUACCAAACAACAAAGACCUGGCAAAAUAUCAGGGCAAGUACAGGUGCUACGCCUCCAACAAGCUGGGAACAGCAGUGUCGGAGGAAACCGAUUUCACAGUGUACACUCCACCCAAGUUUCCAAAAGAAAGGAUAGAGCCAGUGGUGGUGAAGGAGGGAGACUCUGUGAUCCUGGAGUGUAACCCCCCCAAAGGCACUCCACCUGUACAGCUCUACUGGAUGACCAUGGGUCUUCAGCACAUUGAGCAGGAUGAAAGGGUAUCUAUGGGCCUGAAUGGAAACCUCUACUUCUCAAACACUCUGGUGAAGGACAGCCGCAGCGACUACUGCUGUUUCGCUUCCUUCAGUACGAUUCGCACCAUCGUGCAGAAAACCGCCAUGGCUAUCACCGUGAUGCCCCUAAACUCUAGCAGUAAAUCAGAAGUCAGUGGUUUGGAGAGGAAACCAAACCUUCUGGUGCCCCCUGGUGAUCAGUCCCAAAUAAACCUAGUGAAAGGUGAAGAGCUCGAGCUUGAGUGUAUUUCAGAGGGAUUCCCCACACCAAAGAUAGAAUGGACCAAGCUGGGAGAGAAGUUGCCAAAACGUUCCAACAUCAAGAAUUAUGGGAAACUGCUGACUAUAUCAAAAGUCACAGAAGAAGACAGUGGGAAAUACAUGUGCAAGGCUAAGAACUCUGUUGGUGAAACUGUCCACUACUUUCACGUUGAAGUUGAAGAGCCUCCACGCUGGAUAGAAGAGCCUGUGAGGAGUCAGGUAGUGACGAUUGGAUCUGAUGUCCACAUUAAGUGUCAUGCUGCAGGGAAGCCACAACCCACUGUCACCUGGCUGAGGAACGGCAAACCUCUCCAUGAGUUCUCCUCACUCCAUAGCAAAGUACAGGACGACACCCUUAUCCUUCUUAGAGCACUACCAAAUGACACUGCGGUCUACCAGUGUGAAGCCUCCAACACACAUGGCACCCUACUGGCCACCGCCAACGUCAUGGUCAUGAAUCAUCCGCCUUUGAUUCUGACGCGGGAUUAUCUGGAGUAUGCCACGGUCCGAGGGAAGGGUGUGACGAUGGACUGCAGAGUCUUUAGUUCUCCACCUGCUACUGUCCACUGGAGAAGAGAAGACCCAGAGGGCUCAGUGGAAGAGGAGAGGUUCUCUCUCCAUAAAAACGGCUCGCUGCAGACCCACACAGCUGAGGUGGAAGACAUGGGCAAAUAUAUGUGCUACGCUACAAACUCAGAGGGCACUGCAAGCAUCAGUGCAGAGCUUUAUGUAAAAGAGCCGACCAGAAUUGUUGUCCCUCCCCAAGACAUGGAGGUCAGGAGAGGCUCCACGGCAGAGCUUGAGUGCCAGGUGGAUUUUGACCAGUCGCUCAGAGAAGACCUGGAAAUUCUGUGGCAGAAGGAUGGGAUCGAUAUAUAUUCCAACUUCACUGAUGAUUCAGGGUUCUACAUUGAAGAGAGAAUACUGUAUAUAUUCAAUGUGAGUCACAGCGAUGGAGGACUGUAUACCUGCAUCGCGAGAACGCCUCUGGAUGAAGUUACAGCAGAUGCACGUAUCACUGUGCUGGAUGUUCCUGAUCCUCCAGUGCGGUUGUCAUUAUCUGAUUUGAGAGAUCGUAGUGUGAGGCUUAACUGGGUGCCCACCAAGGACUAUAACAGCCCUGUAACAGAAUACAGCAUUGAGUAUGAGGAGAACCACUGGGAGCCUGGGAAGUGGAAGCCACUUUUGCGUGUAUCUGGCAACCAGAACUCUGCCCCGCUGUCGUUAUAUGGCCACAUUAACUACCAGUUCAGAGUCACCGCUGUCAACGCCAUUGGCACAGGCCGUCCCAGCAAACCAUCUGAGAGAUAUAAAACGCCUCCUGCUGCCCCUGAUAGGAAUCCGGAAAAUAUUAAGAUUGAGGGUCAUUUGCCUCAUCAGAUGGACAUCUCUUGGGAGCCUUUGUUGCCCAUAGAACACAAUGGGCCUGGUCUAGAGUAUAAGCUGAGCUACAGGCAGCUGGGCGUUGAGGAUACCUGGACUGAGCACAUCUUGAAGAGACACUCGUUUGUUGUGAAAGACACCCCAACAUUUGUUCCUUAUGAGAUCAAGAUCCAGGCCCGCAACCACCAGGGCUGGGCUCCAGAUCCCAGAGUGGUGACCGGAUAUUCAGGGGAAGAUUUGCCGCUGGCAGCUCCUGAGGACGUGUCUGUGGAGGUGUUGAACUCCACGCUGCUCAGGGUCAGCUGGUCCCCCGUCCCCCAGGCCCAGCUGAGGGGCCAUCUUGGCGGAUACAGCGUGCAUUGGUGGAGAACUCGUAGCCUGUUGACCUCUAAGGAAGUUCCUGCUGAGAAGCAGUUUCUCACUCUCACGGGGAACAGGAGUCACACCAUGGUUCCUGGACUGAAGCCUUUCUCCGAAUACCGCCUCACUGUCAACGUCUUCAACAGGAGGGGCAACGGCCCCAGCAGCAGCCUACUCACCUUCACAACACCGCAGGGAGUUCCUGAGAGACCUCCUAUACUGAGAGCCACAAACCCUCAGGGUGACUCUAUCACUCUGGUGUGGGCACCACCACUCGAAGCCAACGGCAUCCUCACAGGCUACAGACUACAGUACCAGCUAAUCAAUGAAACAAUGGAUGUGGACGAAGCUCACACAGUAAGCAUCAGUGGACCAGACACAACACAGCUGGUUCUUUCUAACCUGAAGUUAGGCAGUCAGUACCAGUUCUACCUGAGUGCUUGCACUGUGGUGGGCUGUGGACCAGCUAUCAGUGAAGAAGAGGGCACUGUACGCACAGCACCACUGUUCAACAUAAGCACCACUGUUAGCCACAGCUUUGCAAAAAUCAGCUGGACAGCAAGAGGAAGACAGUCAGACUCAGAAAUCUAUGUUGCAAUUAUGGACCACAGUGAUGGUAUCUGGAGGAUUUCUGAAGCUGUAAACACGUCUAAGUCUUUCCAUGUGAUUGAGGGACUGGAGCCAGAGACUGUGUACACAGUUCGACUGCUGGCUACCCACUGGCCUGAUAACUCUAGUCUUUUUGAGGAGGUUUUCAAGACAAGAGGGAAAGGUAUGGCAGGUGUGUAUGAAAGCAUUUCAUCCAGCGGCUGGUUUGUGGGUAUGAUGUGUGCUGUGGCCUUGCUCACCCUGGCGGUUCUCAUCGCAUGCUUCGUGACCAGGAACAAAGGCGGAAAGUAUGCAGUGAAAGAAAAGGAAGACGUUCGGACGGAUCUGGAGGCUCAUUGUGUCCAGGAAGAGACUUCCUGUGAAUAUAGCGACAGUGACGAGAAGCCUCUUAAGAGAAGCAAGCGAUUGCUAGAAGGAGAUGUCAGCGGGGACGACAGCAGUGUGGACAGCUCGGUCGACUAUGAGGACGAAGACUCCGAGUUCAACGAAGACGGGUCAUUCAUCGGUGAAUACGCGGGCCAUAAGCGAAAGCUGUCCACGGAGGUGAACGGACACACCACAAUGACAGCCUGAGAGAAAUUCCCUCUUUGGCACUUUUGGACUAUUUAAGGUGUUGGAGUGAAUGUCAGCUUGCUUGUAUUAUAAGAUGACUGCGACUGGGGUCUGUUUAUGUGUAAGUUCUUUACAACGUGGGUGUGAAGCGUCCAUGUAGUAACUUCACCCGCAGUGAAAAACUACACUGUUAAAAAUAAAGAUGUGAAAGGGUUUUUUUAGUGAUGCCGUAGAGGAGCUGCCUUUGGAUUUCCUGCAAAAGAGUGGGUGGUAGUUUAGAGGAACGCUACAGCAUUUUUGAGCUUGAUCUGAAUCUCUAUAGCGUAAUGUCGCUCACCACCCACACAUCCAAGUACUUAGUAAAUAAUAGACGUCAGUGGGCAGAUUUUUGAGUUGACCAUGUUUCUACUCCUUUACUCAGUACAGGAAUAAGCAUCAAAAGUAUUGCCCAUUGUAAGUGACGGUACUCUACCUAUGUGGCAUAUAGAGAUUAGGUUGAGGUAUCAGGCCACAGAUUGGUACCAGGCUGUGGAGCGUUUGAUACCAGUCCAGGUGGUUGCUAAGGUGUUGCUAAGCUGUUGCUCUGAUAUACCAAUUAGUUGUUCAGAUGUUGCUUGGCCAUUGCUGUGCUAGGAGUGUCAGUGUGAGAGAUGAUCCUUUGUGACAUUGUUUGUGCCAGUUAGAUUUGAACUCAACAUUCUGGCACUUUAUUUGCUGUGGGGAAAAAAAUAAUGUGAACGGACAAAACAUAAAAUUCGUAUACGGGACCAAAAGCUCAAGCAUACUAUUCCCAGAUAGGCUUUACAGUUGAGCGAAGUUUCAUGGCUGUGGCUUGAAAGCUGUGGCCUGUGAAAAUGGUGCAAAAGAAAGCACAGAAUAAGAACAGUAGCUUGAAAAUUGUGGCUUAUUAACAUAGUACAAAAAAUAUAGAUUAACAAAAAGAAGAACUUAACAAAGAACAGUGUGUUGGCUUUGUCAAGCCAAACUAAUAAGCUGACAACGUUAAAAAGAUGUUUUAUUUAGGCUACAAACAGAAAAACUCCACUGAAGACAAGAAUAAAAACUAUACCAAGACAAAAAAGCAUAAUUGAAUAAAAACUGAUGAUAGUGCUUCCAUGUGGCAGGAAAAAUAUUAAUAUGAGGCAAAAUAUCUGUCUGAAGGUAGAUCUUUCAGCAGGAGAGCCACAUUUAUGGCCAAUAUCUACUAAUUUAGUAAAUGUAUCUUGAUUUAUCCUUUUUAACAUAUGGUGCAUUUCUAAAAUGCAGACAGACUUCUAUGUGCAUCAAGUUGCAGCAGCUGGCUGAGUUUAGUGGUGCAUGAUUGUUCUGUGGGCUUGAAUAGGCCAAUCAUGUGUGUAUUGUUGUCAACACCGCUACACACCACCACUCCAAUCCCCCCACCCCACACCCCCUAUCAGUCCAUUAAAACUGUUGCUGGGCAUUGGUCACGCUCUUAUAAAGGUUGGGAACUGCUUUAAAGAACCAUCCACUGAAAGGCUCUUUAAGGAACCAAAAGUGGAUUGUCCCUCAAAAUGACUGUGUAUUGUUGUAAGUUGAAGCCUUUUGGCACCUUAUUUUUAAGAGUGAAGGACAGUCUGUCUGCACACGCUCUGUGCUUUAGCGUUCCAAAACUGGACAGAUUAGGUCCCGUUUUUUCCAGAACACAGUGGGUUUUGCUGAUGAAAGGGAGAUAAAUUGGCUGUGGUCAGUCACAGAGUUGAUGUCAUGACAGCACAAUUUUCGGUUACACGCUGCUUUGCGUGGGCAGGCGCAAGUCCUCUCAGUAAGUCAUAAUGAGGUACGGCUUCCAGGAGCCAAAAGGUUCCCUUUGAUGUUGACACAAUGGAACAAAACCAUUAUUUCUGAUUCUUCUAUUAAUCUCAGAGCACAACGUCUUUCAGUUUAACCGCGCGUUCGAUAGAAACUGACACUGACGCCACCAGCUGACGAAGGAGAAUCCAAUUGAAGAGGUCAGAACAGAGUGGGCAAGGUUCAUCCUUGCGAAAGCAUCUGGAGAAUUAAACUGGACUCUAGUCUUACCAGAGACAAGAUAUUCUUCCCCACGUAGCUUACACAAAUAGCCGUUGGAGCAGGGCUCUUUUCUCUGACCCUCGCUGACCAAGUAAUUAAUCCUAGCAGGAGUGGACUUGACUGCGUUUUGGCCUCAAUUAAACUAAGUCUGGGUCAGACUGAGGUCAGUGUUUUCCUAGAAAGCAGAACAUUCCAGGAGCGCCCACACCAAGUGACGUUGUUUGAAGCCUCAGUCACGAUAGGUACGCCCAAGGCUAGACUGGAAGAUUAGCGACAGAAGCAGCUGGCUAGCUUACCAACCAUACAGAGCAAAACAUAGUCAUUCCAGAUGUUGAUAUACAUAGUGUUGCACACCAAAUUGUGGCAAAAAGUGUAAAUAAUGUCCUCGGUUGACUGAAGUGACUGAUGUGCAGCAGUGCUUAGCCAAGCAGCUAAUCUAGCAGUUGCAAACUGGCUAAUUUGCCAAACAUAAACAGUAUAAACACAAAUAAGCACAAUUUUACCUGGUAAUUAUACACUUGCAUAGUGUUACACACCAAGUUGUAGCAAAAAAGUAUAAUCAACUAGCACAGUUGGUGGCAAUUGCUAAGCAGAAGCACUUUACCAAGGAGCUAGCAGUUACCAAGGUAGCUAAAUCACCAUUAAAUAACACAAAAGUACAGAUAUUGUAUACUUUUGUGUAUACAAAUGUAGUUUGGUGUAUACAAAUAUAGUCUAAUACAGUCUCCUGGCUGACUGUAUAUCAUGCAGUCUGUUUAUGAGUUUAUUCAUAGCCAGUGUGGAAGAAAUGUUUAAAGACUUGAGCUUAGACACCGCUAAAAUUAGCAUCUCCUCCAUUUUGCUGUGCUGCUACAGGAAAGCUGCCUUCAAGUUCUGUCAGAAAUAUAGUGAUUUCAACACGAAUGGCACCACAAUGUUGUAAUUCCUUGCUGAAAAAACAGCACAGACCAGAAUUAAUUCCUAGUCUAAGCUGGUUUACGUUGGUCUAGUGCUGGUCUGGUGCUGGUUUAGCUAGUCACCCAUCAUGGUCAUGCUGGUUGACCAGCAUACCAGCAUCCAAAACACAACUUAUGCUGGUUUUGCUGGUUUUUGUAGCAGGGAAACUAAUAUGAAAUUCCGAUUUUUCUAUAAGCCAUGAUUUCCAAGUUGGAGGCAUCAUUAAAAAAGUUGUGGUGGCCGCUGAUAUUUGUAUUGUAAAUGGGUUGUUAUUAUACAGGGUGUCCCAAAAUAAUUGACAUCAUUUGAGAUGUGAAUAUCUGAGUAACUACAUGUCGUAGGCAAACUAAAUUAAACAGGCUUCAUGUUGAACAAUACAAGAUUUAUUUAUCAAAAUUUGAACAAGAAAUUCAGAGGGAUGUAGAUUUUAUAACCAAUUUCACAGCUUCACUAAUGUA